UUUCCUUAACCUUUGCGAUAGUGAAUGUGCAGUGAGAAACAAUGUAAAAUGACUUCUUUUCCAGCGAUCAAAUAUAAUUAGCUUUUAUUUGAUAGUUUGUGUUUUUUUCAUAAUUAGUUUAGUAAUUUGUAUUUUUGUGUGUCGACGAUGGCUGAUAAUAAAUGUGCACAAAUGAUUCAAACUAACUUUUCUUUAUACGGUUUGGUAUUGUCUAGGGAACUUAGAGUAUCUCUUGCAAAACAGCUGUUAAAAAUAGCAGAAAAUGAACGUGAAUCUUGGCUAAAUCACAUUAUAGAGUUGGUCCUAGCCCAAAAUUUGAAUGAUCCACACGUUAGCGCCGAACAUAUAAAACUUGCCAUAGAGGAAUGUGUAGAACCAAAUAAAUUGAAAAAUACUGAAACAGUAUUUAAUGUUAUUAGUGGAUAUGAUAUACCAAAAAUUAAAUAUGACAUUUCCAAGAAAAAGUUUAUUAUCGACAAUGAAAACUUAUAUCCUGAAACACAAUACAAGUCACUGAUUUUUAAACAUCGUUUUGAAAUGGUAUGGUACAAAACUUUGAGGCAUAAGCAAUUUCAAUCUUCUAAAUUUGGGAAACAGCAGAUGGAUAAGACGAAUAUAGUACCUAUUGAAUAUCUGUUGAGCGAGUUAAAAACGGGAAAUGUUUGUGUAAUGGGUCUGAUUACACAAUUGGUGGAGGAUCAAUAUUCUUUGGAAGAUACAACUGGAACCAUUAAAAUCGACUUUAACAAUACAGAUUUUCAGGAUACUUUCAUUAUGGAAGGUUGUAUAGUAAUAGUUAAUGGUGUAUAUAAGGAUGAUGUAUUGUAUGUAGAAAAUAUCAACUUUCCGCCAAUAGAAUCAUCGGAAAGUAUGCGAUCAGAUUUUGGUGAUAGUAAUACAUUUGGUGGACCGCAUAAUUUGUCUUUGAAAAUGUCCGAGAAAUUACAAGUUCACGAAGAAAACGACCCGGAUGGAAUGAUAGUAUUCAUAGCAGAACUAUGGCUGGACAUGCCAAACGUGUUACAAAAAUUUAAAACAAUGCUGGAGGGUUACAUGGAUUAUCCACCUAUAGCUUUCGUAUUAUGCGGUCAUUUCUUAAGUUUUCCCACAAAUAUAACUAGCGCGCAAACUUUGAUAACGGGUUUUAAAAAUUUGACCGAUAUAAUAACACAAUAUACGAACGUGAAGGAAUCCUCCAAAUUUGUUUUCGUACCCGGUCCACAUGAUCUGGGUUCGCCUAAGAUUUUACCGAAACCUCCUUUACCCAAAUGUAUCAUCGAGGAAGUCACGAAAAUAGUACCGAAUGCUAUUUUCACCACAAAUCCGUGUAGAAUACAAUACUGUACAAAAGAGAUUGUGGUAUUGAGAGAGGAUAUGUUAACAAAGAUGUGCAGAAACGCGCUUCGUUUCCCAAAAGAAGAACACUUUUUUAAACAUUUCGCGAAAGCUAUCAUUAGCCAAUCACAUUUAACUCCUGUGCCUCUCCAAGUUGUUCCGAUUUAUUGGAGAUACGAUCAUGCUCUACAAGUGUUUCCAACGCCAGACCUCAUAGUGAUCGCUGACAAUUUUGGAACAUAUACGACCGACUAUUCGGACUGUUAUGUGAUAAAUCCAGGAAUGUUUUCGAAAAACAAUUUCUCAUUUCAAGUUUAUGUGCCUGCUAUCAAUCAGAUCCAAGAUUGUCAGCUUCCAAAUGACACUGAUGUUUCUUGAAAAAAAUCAGUAUUCAAUAGUUUGAAAAAUUUUGAAGAUUUGAUAAUCCAUAGCACUAUUAUUAUGCUGGAUCAGUUGAUACGCUAGUCUUUCAUAAUUUUAUAUAUUUAUUUUAUUUUUAUAACAUAAAAUCUCUUGUUUAUUUUUACAAUACUUUAAAAACGCGUCGGAAAUAGAUCACUUAAAUCAUAACUUCCGCGGUAAUAUGUUAACACAAAUUAAAUUAAAUCCAAGAAAUAAAAAUAAUUUAGUCACACGAGGAGGCCUUCGAGGGUGGGAAGGUGGACGAAAAAAAUGAUGAAGAGAAAUAAUUUAUCUUACAAUUAAUUUUUUGCGUCCAACAGUAUUACAACGGGAAAUAUUGAGAAGCAACUUUGUAGUGAUUUUUUUUAAGAGAGAAUAUUUAUAUCAUAUUAUAUGAAAUAGAAUAUUUAUAUCAUAUAUGAAUAUAUAAUACCUUUUUCUAAUUAUCUCUAUAUGCUUCUCUUGUAUUUCCUAAAUUAAGUAUUACUAAUAGGAUCUUACAUCAGACUUUCCAAAUAGGACUUACAAAUGGUACGCACUUACUUACUCCUUCCUAUCAAUUCAUAUAAAUAGCUACAUAUUAAACACAACAUUUCUCUACCACUUUGCAAUGUACAUAACAUUAUACAGGUACAUACUGAAUUCCAAUUUAUUUCAAUUCGUCACAUUGGAAGCAUUAAGUCAAUUACUGGCCAUAGUAAACCAAAUAUGAUCAUUAUUUAAGCGUAAAAAGUUCGUAGUAAC